UCUGCUUUGCCUGUCCACCUUAGGCUUGUAUCCUCUCUAUCUACCUCGUCCACCACCACCACCACCACCAUAGCACUCCCAGGCUCUCCGUGACGCAACCUCACGGCGCCCACUUUGGUCUUAUUUUAGACACUAAGUAUCUACUGUCAAGAUGCCUCCCCGCAAGAAGCAAGAUGACAGCGAGAAGCAGACUCGUAUUGCCAUUGUUAACACGGAGAAGUGCAAGCCCAAGCGGUGUCGGCAGGAGUGCAAGAAGUCCUGCCCAGUGGUGCGGAUGGGCAAGCUGUGCAUUGAAGUAACACCAAAUGACAAGAUGGCUGCCAUUAGUGAAGAGCUUUGCAUUGGCUGUGGUAUCUGCGUCAAGAAGUGUCCCUUCGAGGCCAUCAUGAUCAUCAACCUCCCGAGCAAUCUUGAGAAGGAGACUGUUCAUCGCUACAACAAGAAUUCCUUCAAGCUGCAUCGUCUGCCUGUACCGCGCCGAGGGGAGGUGCUUGGCUUGGUGGGCACCAAUGGUAUUGGCAAGUCCACUGCUCUGAAGAUCCUGGCUGGGAAGCUCAAACCCAAUCUGGGCCAGUUUUCUGAUCCCCCAGACUGGACUGACAUCCUGACUUACUUCCGUGGUAAUGAACUGCAGAACUAUUUCACUCGCAUCCUGGAGGAUGACCUGAAGGCAAUCAUUAAGCCUCAGUAUGUGGACCAGAUCCCCAAGGCAGUGAAGGGCGCUGUCAAGGAUCUUCUCCACAAGAAGAAUGAUCUCGGGAAUAUGGAGGACAUCCUCACUGCCCUAGAUCUGCGAGCUGUCUUGGGUCGCAACAUUGAAGAUCUCUCUGGUGGAGAGCUGCAGCGCUUUGCCAUUGCCAUGGUUUGUAUCCAGAAUGCCAACAUCUACAUGUAUGAUGAGCCGUCCUCCUAUCUUGACGUGAAGCAGCGUCUCAAUGCUUCCCGGGCCAUCCGCUCCAUGGUGAAGGCUGACAACUAUGUUGUGGUGGUAGAGCACGACUUGGCUGUCCUUGACUACCUUUCAGAUUUCAUCUGCUGUCUUUACGGCCAGCCUGGAGCUUAUGGGGUGGUCACUGUCCCCUUCUCUGUGCGUGAAGGAAUCAAUGUUUUCCUGGACGGCUUUGUUCCUACUGAGAAUCUUCGCUUUAGGGAGGAAUCUCUCACCUUCAAGGUUUCAGACCAGCUAACUGAGGAGGAGAUCAAGCGCAUGUGUCGCUUCAAGUACCCCAAAAUGACAAAGAAGAUGGGAGAAUUCCAACUUACAGUGGAGGCUGGCAACUUUACUGAUUCUGAAAUCAUGGUUCUGCUGGGUGAAAAUGGAACAGGAAAGACUACCUUUAUUAGGAUGCUGGCUGGGAGACUCGACCCAGAUGAUGGCAAGUCAGAAUUACCUGAGCUUCAUAUUUCCUACAAGCCACAGAAGAUCAGCCCUAAGAGCCAGUCGACUGUUCGCCAACUGCUUCACGACAAGAUUCGCGAUGCCUAUAUUCACCCUCAGUUUGUAACAGAUGUGAUGAAGCCAAUGAAGAUUGAGGAGCUAAUAGAGCAGGAGGUGCAGCAUCUUUCAGGAGGAGAGUUGCAGCGUGUAGCACUUACCCUGUGUUUGGGCACGCCAGCUGAAGUUUACCUCGUUGAUGAACCCUCAGCCUAUCUGGACUCUGAGCAGCGUCUGGCUGCUGCCAAGGUCAUCAAACGGUAUAUCAUGCACGCUAAGAAGACCGCAUUUGUUGUGGAGCACGAUUUCAUCAUGGCAACUUACUUGGCAGACCGUGUCAUUGUGUUUGAAGGGACACCUUCUGUCAAGACUACCGCUAAUGCCCCACAAACGCUUGUUUCUGGCAUGAACAAGUUCCUCGAGAUGUUGGGCAUCACCUUCCGUCGUGACCCCAACAACUUCCGGCCGCGCAUCAACAAGGACUCCAGCCAGAAGGAUACCGAGCAGAAGAGUUCUGGCAACUAUUUCUUCCUUGAUAUAGAAGGGAAGGGUGAAGGUAAACAGAACUGAGGGUCGCUUUAGUGGUGUUUGGGAAAAAUGUUGAAAUGCAGCCUCGGCCCUUGGCCAUUAAGUUUGAGCCACGCAGUGCUAAGCUAAAGUGGAGAUGGAAGGCAGUUUUGUGUGAGUGUUCACAGUGUCAUGAUUCAUCUCAUUACCAUCAUUAUUCUGAGGAAGGGGAGAGGCAAGGGCUUGUUUCUGCUGCCACAUUCUAUCUGUCCUGUGGUUUUCCAUGCUUCAUUUUUCACAUUUGUGUUAGUUUAUUUGCAAAUACUUGUAAUGUACAUAAAUGUUUAAAUUAGUGAUCAAUUAUGAAGCCCUUUGACUUUAAAUGAGCACCUACAUUAUUGUUAGAGAAAUUGCAUAUAUAGCCCCUAUUACCCAGCUUUUGAAAUGUUAGUAGAAUGAAGUACUGCCUAGGACCAGACUAACUUGCCAUCGUGUCCUUGACAUAUCUUUGUGUGGAGUGAGCACUGUUGUGCUUCACUCUAUCUCACUGGUGUGAGCUAAAGGUGCUCUUUUUUUAAUUGGAAAAAUUUGCAUAUUUUUUUUUAAGAGAUCACUGCAGUGACACAUAUGUAGGAAUGUAGAUGUUUGUUAUUGUUGGAAUUUCGUAAAUUUUAGCAAGAGUUGACUCAAUAUUAUGAUGAAAUUUUUCAAGGUUUUUUAUAUUUGUAAACAGGACCUAAUCUUGAUAUAAUGUAUACUUCGUUGUCUUAUAUCAGUGACAUGAUGUGUACAGAAUUUUUAGUACUAAAUCUUUUGAAUUUCAAAUAAUUAUUUUUGUAGGCUACUCUUGGGAGCCCUGGAGUUGUAGUAGUAUUGCCCUGUGGUUCAUAUCAGAGACUGAUGCUGUGUGGUUUACAGCUACCUUGGAGCUGGCCAACUCUUGCCAGUCAAGGUAUUCUGUCUUGGUAGCUUUUCAAACUCACCUCAACAGGUGGCAAUGCCCCUUCCUCAGCAGCUCUCAUGUUUCAUUCCAUCCAACUUAACUAUACACUUCACACAACCUUGUACCCUGUGUUUGCUGAGAUGGACUGGUGACAAUGUAGUUAACCAGCAGCAGGAACAUAAGUCCAGCAGUUAGCACUCUGCAAAUAGGUUAUGAAAGGUAUGAUUCCAGUGACCAGAGCAGAGAAUACCAGAGUUUGUCAAGGUUGUUUCAUUAAUGGCUGGUGUAUGAUGGUUUGUGAUUUGCAACAAGAAAGCCAACAACAAUCCUCACUAGCCAUUGCCCUGUUCAGCUGAAGCCACCACAACAGCUAAGCAUGCAGGGAAAGGGGCUGUGGAUACACUCAUAUUUCAUUUCAGGAAUUGUGAUAUUCAUGCAUUAAAAGUUAAUAAUUAUGUAUAUGGUGACCAACUUUGCUUUCUGCAAUAUAUGUAGUUAUUUGGACAGUGUGUAAGAUGUUUAAUCAGUUUUUCUUACAAGGCAAUUUGAUAAGGGUUUGGAUACAGAAUUGAAUAUUGUCUCAACAAGAAUUGCAUGUUGAUCAUGGAGUAUGGUGGCCACCAAGAUUGUCUACACUUGUUACAUGUUAUUGGUUUUCUUAUAAAUGUGAACAACAAUAACAAAAGUAAAUAAUAA